CUAAAGGGCACACACAUUAAACGCCCGUUCCGGCAGCUCUGCAAUCACGCGACACCGAGCUGUUGGCCGCGUGACGUCACGUCCCUGGUACAAAGCGAGUGCUGUUUUCCUCACAGCGACGGACUACACAGCGUUGGAUCCGCCGAGGAGGACACAGCUUUUGCAAAUAUGCGGAAAGAAGCUACAGCAGUAUCUCAGCCUGCACAGCUGCACAGAGUAGAUGGACAUUUGUGGGACUCAGUGAAGAAAGCAACUUUUGUUCUGGGUUCAGGAUUGUUCUUCUUCGCAGCAUUUCGGAACUCUGUAACAUGGCACUUUCAGAGGUUUUGGGGAGCAUCUGGUGAUUUUUGGCAGACUCUGUGGGGUAUGCUGUACAGCUAUUUUGGUGGAAAUGAAUGGGUCCUGUUUUUUUUAGGCACAAUGAUUAUUCCUACUGCUGUCUUUUGGGCUUUUAAUGGAAUAUUGAUGUUUGCGGAUACAACUGGAAAACCAUCGUUUAUCACUCGAUACCGGAUUCAAGUGGAUAAAAAUAAUCCGGUGGAUCCUGCAAAGCUGCGCCAGGCCGUCAAAAAAGUUUUGUUCAAUCAGCUUUUCCUUUCUGUGCCCAUGGUGAUAGUUAUGUACCCUGUGAUGAAAUGGCGUGGCAAUCCCUGCGGCCCUGAGCUGCCCACAUUCCACUGGGUGUUACUGGAAUUCUUCGUUUUUGGAUUGAUUGAGGAAGUUCUGUUUUACUAUUCACACAGGCUGUUCCACCACCCAGCUAUCUACAGGUAUGUUCACAAAGUUCACCAUGAAUGGACAGCACCAAUUGGGGUGGUCUCCUUGUACGCCCAUCCUCUUGAGCAUAUACUAGCCAACAUGUUGCCACCAAUUGUUGGGCCAGUACUCAUGGGCUCCCAUGUUGCCACCACAAUGCUGUGGUUCUGCAUGGCACUCUUAACAACUACAAUCUCUCACUGUGGAUACCAUCUGCCAUUCCUCCCAUCCCCUGAAUUCCAUGAUUUUCAUCAUCUAAAGUUCAAUCAGUGUUUUGGAGUACUGGGGGUCCUGGAUCGCCUGCAUGGAACUGAUGCCAUCUUUAAGACCACAAAGGCCAAUGAGCGCCAUAUAUUGCUGCUAAAUUUUACUCCCCUAUCAGAGAGUGUGCCUGACCCUCCAAAGCAGAAGAAAUGAUGAAAUGUGUUUAAUGGAAUUAACAUAAUCUCAAAUUGACCAAAACAACUUAAAAAGCACUUUAAUUGAAAUAUACAGAGCUGAUUGCGUGCCAUUUACGAAUAGGCCAGACCUUUAUCUUAUUGACCAACUCAGUUAUUUUACACAAUGCCUUCCCACUUAAGAAGGCUGAGCAGUUAGAAACACGGGAGGGAAAAUAAGACGCACUUUAAAUAUCUGAGACCAUUUUUAAAACUUACACGAUUAUAACAAAUUGUAAUCUUUCAUUGAAUAAUAUUAACAUACAAAAAACUGUUGAUUUACAAAAAUGAAGCCAAUAAAGUUUUAGAUUUUUCCACAAAAUUGGGACACCCCUCCAUUAGAGUAGUACUGCUGUAAGAGUAGAAGGUGAGGCUAGCUGUGGAGGUCUCUAGAAAGGCCCACCCAGACUACUGUAAUUAGUUUCAAGUUCUUGUCACAAACUUCAGUUUUUUGGUAUUUUUCUCAUGGAGUAAAGAUAUGAAAGGGCACAUUUGCCAAACAGUUGAGAUCACCUUAAGCCAGUGUCACAUUACACAACUUCUUGUCACUUGGAAAUGUCAAACCUUUGACAAGUGCAGUUGCUGACGUCAUUGGCUGAGUAUGUCAUAUGACGUGACUAAAAAUAGAAGGGUAUGACAUAUUACAGCUCUCAGCAAUGAAUUCCCAGCACAGUUUUACAAUGCCAAGAUAUUGCAAGCUGGACCCCUUUUCUGAUUGCCAAUAACACGCUGCUUGACUGUGCCGAUGCCAUACAAACACUUUCCUUUAGGGUUAGGGUUAGAUUACAACCACAAUCUCCAUCUUCAAACCCACCCAGACACCACUUCUGUCUGCAAGGUCCACCACACCCAUGUUUCUUAUUGCUUGUAGCUGAAUUAUACGUGUCGUGUUUGUGGCCGAGUGCUCACUGGCUGUCACUCUCGCUUUCACACAAGUCUGCACCAGACAACUUCAGGUAAACCUGCCUGAUGUUAUUGUGGCGAGUCGGAGAGCGGUUUAACCGAGUCACUGGGGAUGUUGGACUACACGAUUGGUUGCAACUGCCUCUUACUCGCAGUUUAUAUAAAUGAAGUCUAGGACUAAAAAUUGCUAGAAAAAAACUGUGUAAUGUGACGGAGCGUUUAGCAGGAGUAUUUCUUGACUGAUUGUACUUGCAUCUCAGUGAUUGAUAACUAAAGGUAUAACAGCACACAACAUCACAUUAUUGUGUAAGAAAACUGACAUUUAUAAUCUGCAUGUAUCCAGUGUCAAAGCAAUCAUUUAUUAUUAAUUUUUUUUACACUAUUAUAAAUCAUGUAAACUUCCAAUCAAAAUGCACCAUAAUCACAGUAAUUAAGUGCACUACUAACCAAAUUAAUAGGACGGUUUUGCACACUGCAGUCAAGGGUUGCUCCAGCCUCUGUGACUGAAAAGUUAGUGAGUUCAAAAAAGAAAGGAUGUCUCAAAAAGAUAUUAAUUACACUGAAGUAAACCUAAUGAAAUAUGAAAAGGUACAUACACAGUAUCAGUAAAUACACUAAAGGCAAAAAAGCACUCAAGGAAAAUAAAGCUUUUGUAUGACUAAGUUUCCUUUUAUUAGAUUUCUCAGUAGUGGGAACACAGCUGUAAACAUGUUAAAAUGGAUAUGAAAAGAAUAUACUGUAGGUCUUCAACGUCUAAUUGUGCACUUAACAUAACUUGAUUGUUUUUAGCCAAAAUAAAUAAGUUGACCUUUACAGAA